CUGGGCCCGGCUCUGGAAGGGACGAAGGCCCCCUGACCGUCCCACUCCACCUCAAACAGCCCAAGCAGAGUCUCACAACCAAGAGGGAUGCCCUGGGCAGAGGGGCCAGCCGGGAGUGGCACGGCAGCUGUGUGUGACAUAAGGGUCAAGCCCUGUGAUGCUGGUUCUAGAAUGGGAGGGGGGGCAGGGACUCCACAGCUGCAGGAGCCGCCGCUGCCGCCAAGGCCUGGCUGCCCCAGCUGACACAAUGACUGACUAAGGGAUGAGGAAAGCUUUAGCGGGCCUCUCUCCACUUUCCCAUCGAGGAGAGUCCAGCAGCAGAGAGACUCAAAUGGCACCCGGCAGCUUGCCAAGGCUCUGUCCAGGAACACCCCCUUCAGCCAGGACCUCCACCCCUAGAGGCCUCUUGCGGUGGAAACCGCAAGCCAAGCAGGCAGCGCCUCUCCAGCUCAGGGACACACAGCUUCUUCAGGAGCCAGACCCCACGGAGCCUUCUGGGGGAGUGUGCCAGUCACCGAGCCCACCUGCAGGGAAGGGGAUAUCUACCAUGUGGGAACCACUGCGAGGUCUGUACGCCACGUCUCUGCCCCAGGAACAUCCUGCAAGGCAGACAGGCAACCGGUGGCUGGGCCCUUCCUCUGUCCCGCCCCUGCCCCUGAGCCAGCAGCCAAAAGAUAUGGCCAGCUCCAGCGGAGACUUUGGCAUGGCACGAUGGGGAUUCCUGCCCAGCGCACUCUUCUCCAGGCCAGCAAAGCUGAGCAAAGACCGAGGGGCUCCCUCAGUCUUACACCUGCCCUCCAACGUCUGCAUCCUGACCCUGGCCAUGAUGAUUGCUGGCAUCCCAACAGUCCCAGUGCCCGGCAUCCGAGAGGAAGACAUGAUUCAAGCUGCCCGCUGUUUUAUGACAGAGAACCUGGAGUCUGGAGGAAUGGAAGGAAGCCAGAGAAGGAGAUGGGCUGUCUUGCCACACUUGGGCCCCUCCUGCAAGAGGGACAGACAGCGGAAAAGGGCAGCUGGCAAGAGCCUCCUGCCUCUGUUGCUAGCACAGCUAGAAAAGUAAGAGCUGCGGAGGACUAGCAAGAUUUUGUAGCAAGAAACGUACAUAAAAGGUUUGCAAAAAUGAGAUUUCUUCGACUGGUUCAUUGGUCAGUGAGCCCGUCAUGUCCCAUCUGAUAAGAAAAGGGAUGGUCAAAUAGGCAGGGUCUUGAGCACAGGGCGGAAGGAACAGCCCGGCCAAAACAGCAGCCUUUCCUCAGCUGGAGGUGGAGCCCCCAAUGCACAGCAUGUUACCCAGCUGAUUUCACAUUGGCACACACCUUCCAGUCUGACACAACAGAAGCACAACGGAUUGCUUCUGCUGACUGUGGCAUGGGCUGGUGGCCCCAGAGAGGGCAAGGUGAAGCCUGCCAGACCACUCCCGUCCACAU